UGACAAUUGGGUGUUAUGAAUGUCGCCUGCAUAGGGUCCAGCUUAGCUGAUUUCUCACUUUCAGUUCCCAUUUUUGCCUGCUGAAGCCGACAUUGCGUGUUUCUCAGUGUAGCAAUAGGAAAAACAUAACUUUUAUCACAAGCUGUAAAAGUCAAGACUCUCAUGCUGCCUUGUUUACAUGAUGGAUGGCUUUGUCAUAACGUCUGCAUCCGAGGAUGCUAUUCCACAUGAGCCGGAGACUUAUCGACCGCCGGUUGACCUGUACCCCUACCUGAACGUGGGGGAGAUUUACGAAGAUCACAGAUGGCCUUUCCACUCUGACCGGGUCCAGCCGCCGGACUUUGAGGGUUCCCCCGUGAACCACCUGACGGAGCUGCAGGCCGUGUCUCCUCAGCAGCUCAUCCAGCCGUUCCCCCUCAGCAACGAGUCUCUGCACCUUCACCUGGAGACGCCACUGGCUCCGCUCACCCUGUCAUCACAGAUCCCAUAUUACACCCCAUCCCUGUGCUACCAGUACCCACCGCUGGCCUCACCUCGACGCUACUACUCAGAGGAGGACCAGAGAGCCGUCAGUCCCCCGCUGCAAGUGUCAGAGGGGGAGGAUGAGUAUGAAGAUUACAACUGCUCAUUCAGGAAAGACCCAGGCAACAAGAAGAAAAUCCGCCUGUACCAGUUCCUCCUGGACCUGCUCAAAAAGGGCGACAUGAGCGACAGCAUCUGGUGGGUGGACCAGGACAAGGGCAUCUUCCAGUUUUCCACCAAACACAAAGAGGCUCUGGCGACCCACUGGGGCAUCCAGAAGGGAAACCGCAAAAAAAUGACCUACCAAAAAAUGGCCAGAGCCUUGAGGAACUAUGGCAAAACAGGAGAGAUUAAAAAAGUGAAGAAGAAGCUCACCUACCAGUUCAGCGAGGAGGUGCUCAAAAGCCUCUAUUUACGUCAUUAUCAUCACUGAGGAGGAAACAAAGGCUGUUUGUUACAAUCAUCGGAUCACUAAAUUUCCCAAAAUGAUGUUUAACUUGCGGAUUUGCAGGUUUUAUUUGUCUUUCUGACAAUUUUUUUUUAUUUAUUUGGAAUGACGCUUUUGGCAUUUAACAUCCACAUACACCAUUUCAUUUUCCUCUAAAAGUGUUUUUUU